AUGAGACGCCAUGCAAAGACGCCCAUCUACGCCAUUGGGCAGCUGGAAAACGCAAGCUAUGGGAGGAAUGCCAAAACUGCCGAAAAAGUCACCAGCGUCGACCUGAUUGCGAACCAGUACCGAGAUCUCCUCGCGACCCAAGACGCCAGCUCAAUAUACACUGACGCCCACUCUGAUCCUUUCCCGUCACGACAGUCUUUGCACAGCCAGAUUUCUUCUUCGUCCUCUGCUACUCGGUCACGCCACAGCGCCGGCGAGACACCCGCAGAGCAGCUCCGACGAGACAUCUUUUCGCCGGCACCGGCGCCGUUGCGCCGUGCAUCAGCGGCGUAUUCUAGGUCACCACGGUCUGAUGACGGUACGCUAGUUGCAUUCGAUGAGGAAGCUAUCUACUUCAAGCCCCUGUCAUUCUCGCCAGAACCGCCGUCGACACCCCCGCCCCCGCCGCGGAAUCGCGCCCGACUGAAUCGCAAUUCGUCCUCUCAAGGAGGGUCGAGUCAGAACCUGAGCUUGCAGAUUGCCAUGGACCUCUUGACCCGUGAGCUCUCAACGAGCAUGUUGGACAAUUCGCAUAAGACGGGAACAGAUGUCUCGUCUCUGCAAGUUUGGGUGAUGAUCGAAGCCUACGAGAGGUUGCGAGACCAGGUUCUGGAAGCAAAGAGGCAGACAGAUGAGGCGCAGAAUCUGGAGACGGUGUUUGAUACCUGGUUAAAGGCUCUCUACACCCUUCACGACCAGAUGACGAGUGAUGCGGCUUCUCAUGAGAGCAACUACGAUGAGGCGUAG